UAGAAACAAGAAAAUCACCUAACACUCUGACAGACAGCGACAAGCCCCCUGAAAGCAAAUGAGUCUGAUUUAUUUGGCUGCAAAAACACCCGGAAACGCGUGCUGAUAUUUCUGCGUGUUUUUCUGCGUGAUGCUGCCCGGUUCCGCGCGCUGUUGUUUGUUUUUCAGCGAGACUGUUUGAGUUCGUCAGACUUCCUCCUGCUGGAUAAUUUUACUGCUGCUCGCGUCUGGUGGCCCGGGAGCUCGGGAGAAGGGAAGAGGAGAAAAACAAGUUUCUUGGAUCGGUCCCCUGCCCCGUCAAGCUGCAGCAUCGGGGGAAACCGAACCACUGGCCGGAGCUGGGUGGAGCAGUGACCGCCUGUAACAUGAUGUCCUACCUCAAACAGCCCCCCUACGGCGUCAACGGCCUGGGGCUCAGCGGCGCCAUGGACCUGCUGCACCCCUCCGUGGGCUACCCAUCGACUCCCAGGAAGCAGCGCAGGGAGCGGACCACCUUCACCCGCACUCAGCUCGACAUCCUGGAGUCUCUGUUCGGGAAGACCCGGUACCCGGACAUCUUCAUGCGGGAGGAGGUCGCCCUGAAGAUCAACCUGCCGGAGUCCAGAGUCCAGGUGUGGUUCAAGAACCGGAGGGCCAAGUGUCGCCAGCAGGCGCAGAGUGGCAACAGUGCAAAGGCCCGGCCUCCUAAGAAGAAGUCGUCUCCGGCCCGGGAGAGCACCGGCUCGGAGAGCAGCGGGCAGUUCACUCCGCCGGCCGUCUCCAGCACCGGCUCGUCCUCGUCCUCUUCCUCCUCCACCAAUCACACGGGCCCUGCGGCGCUCAGCAGCACCUCUACCUCCAUCAGCACCGUCUCCUCCAUCUGGAGCCCCGCCAUCUCCCCCGGAAAUGCUACGGCUCCUGCGGUGGCCCCGAUCCCCGAGCCCGGACCCCCGUCUAACGCCUCCUGUAUGCAGCGUUCGAUGUCAGGCUCCGCCGCCGCUGCCACCUCCUACCCCAUGUCCUACAACCAGACGCCGGGGUACGGGCAGGGCUACCCCACCCCGUCCAGCUCUUACUUCAGCGGGGUGGAUUGUGGCUCCUACCUGGCCCCCAUGCACUCCCACCACCACCCCCACCAGCUCAGCCCCAUGACGGCCUCCUCCAUGUCCGGCCACCCGCACCACCACAUCAGCCAGUCGUCGGGGCACCACCACCACCACCACCAGGCGUACGGAGGCUCCGGCCUGGCCUUCAACUCCUCCGACUGCCUGGAUUACAAAGAGCAGACUGCAGCCUCCUCGUGGAAGCUCAACUUUAACACCACAGACUGCUUGGACUACAAAGACCAGGCCUCCUGGAGGUUCCAAGUCUUGUGAUCGGGCUUUUUUUUUUUCCUUCCUCCUCCUGCUUGUCAGCUUCUUUUAUUUUCCAGAUUAGCAUAUUGCUUGUUUUCAAAAGACAAAAAGAGUUUAUGAACCAUAAGAUAGCAGCAAUCGGACUUUGUUUUACCCUCGACGUCUUUUUAAAAACUAAACAAAUUGAAGAGAAACAGUCCCUGGAAUGCUGAGGAGAGCAAACAUCAGGAGCAGUUUCCUGACGAUGAAGAAUGGGUUUUUGAAAGACGCUGAUUCUUGGAUGACCUUAUGAAACUGUUUUUGAAAACUACAAAAAAAGUAAUUUCAACCAAACUCCUUUGACCACCAGCUCUCUGGAUGGGAGGAAUAUUUCCCCCUGGACAGGAACUCGCCCUCUUUACCUCCCAAUCAAAUCCUGUAAAGUUUUUAUUUCUGAAAUUUGUUAUUUUAGGAUGACAGAGAUUUUUAGUCAGCUACAUCGUGGAGCUGAAAUAUGUAAAUAUGUAUUUGGGUCAGUUACAGUGACCAUGUUUAGUUGGUGUUUUUUUUUCCGAAUUUGAAAUUGUUUAUUACCACUUUGGGAGAAAAAAAAGAUUAAAAAAAACCCUGUAUGUAAAUCUUUCCAAAUAUUCCAAAGAGAACAAAUUGGCCAUAAGGUUCAGCUUUUAUAUCCUACGUUGUUUUACUCAAAAAAAAAAAUGUUUUGGCAAUUUGAAAUGUCUCGGGAGGGGGGGGGGGGGGGGGGGGGAUACAACUCUAAAAUAUAGAUGCAGUUUGUUUUCCGGAUAUUAUUAUUCUAACCUCUCUACAUUUUCAAACCAGACCUCCUCUCUUGGGCAUUGUCGUGAUAUAUUGGACAUGUUUGAACCGCAGCACUUGGCUUGAAAUUGGAGUCAGAGCAUUUUUAUUUUUGGAGAGGAAAAUGUGGAUUUAUUAGCUCCAAAAUGACAGUAAGAUGUUGAAUGUAUCUUUAAGGCGAACCACCCUUACAUACAUGUUCAUCCAAUAAAGAUCCGUUAAGUCAUAUUUA